GUGUCGGCUAAUUCGCGUGACAAUUACGGCAAUACACCACUCCAUUCCGCGAGUCGAAGACGCCACAUGCGCGCCUUGGUGCUCCUCUUGCGGGCGGGUGCUGAUGUGAAUGCCGUCAACAAAAGCGGAAAAACGGCGGCCGAGCUCACGACCGAUAUUGACGUCGCCGAUGUUCUCGCGAAAGAAGCUGCGUUUCGGUCAGAAUUCCCAGUGCACUGCAUCGCCCGAUGCAACAACGUGGCAGCCAUCGAUGCGUGGCUGGCCGAGAUGAGCGCCAGUGCCGCCAAAGACGUGACGCGCCGCAUGAAGAUUGAACGGGCCAUUUCGGCCACCGACAAGUACCUUAAGGAUGGACGCAGUGUCUUGAUGUACGCAGUCGAUGCCAUCGACGUUUUGCAAACCGACCAAGUCCUCAACCACCUCUUGCCACACUGUUCGAUCGAUGUCCUCAAGUUGCAAGACAAGUAUGGGAAGAGUACGUUGGAUUACCUCUUGGAGAAGGACAUUGUGUGCACGGCCAAUAUUGACGGCGCGUCCAACGCCCCGCUUGUCAAGGCGCUCGACGCCUUGUCGCGUCAGUCGACGCUACCACUCUGCUUUGCACCCAGAGCUACGCUUCCACGCGGGGGCGCACCACCGCGGACCUGCUCCGGCGCGUGCAUGGAGGCCGGCCGGUCCCGCACGGUGCAUUUUGCCCAACUGGCGGCCGAUGGUAAUUGGACGGACCUCGCGACCGCUCUCCAGGUCCCCGUUGACGAGGACGCAAUCAACGGCUACACGGCGCUGCAUCACAUUUGUAUCAAAGCCAAUGUCCGUAUGCUGCAGCUGCUUGUGCAACAGCCCAAGCUCGACUUGAGUAUGGGGACGCACGAUGAGCCGUACUUGAACGCCCUGCAGCUGGCCCUCGUGCACGACUUUGAGGACGGUGUGCGCAUUCUCCUUGCCGCUGGCGCGCCACACUGCGUUUACGACGCCUACUUUGCGGCACGGAUUUGCAAGAUGCGCAAAGGUGCUACCGCGAGCGAGAAUCUCGCUUUGGACAGCUGGGAGCUCGAGCAUCGUUACCCAGCGUACUACCUCGUGCGUCUCGCCAACGUCACCGAGGCUGAACGCUGCAUCGGGGCCAAAGAAACCCCACUGCACGUCGCGGUUCGAAAAGCCUCGCCCCUUUCGAUUGUGGAAAAGCUACUCGAGACCGACGACGUCGACAUGGACGCGCGCAACGAUAACGGCGAGACGGCACUCCUUAUCGCAGUCAAGAACGGCUCGAUGGACCACGUCAAGUGCCUCCUCACAAAGGGCGCCGAUGCCGAACUUUGUGACAAGAACGAUCGGUCGCCACUCAUGUUUGCGGCCGAGCAGGGCAAGCUAGAGCUAAUUGAGCUAUUGAUGGAGCACCUCGACGACUUGCCAGCGGGAGAGGUCUUUUUCCGUAGUGGGAGAUUCGUCUAUGGCAUCGAGGUCUGGGUCCUCUUCACACGAGAGGGGGCAGUGCGCAAUGACUCGAAAGCAUUUCUGCAUCGACGGGCAGUGCGCAUGGUCACGCUGAGGGUCAACGACGCCUUUACCAAGAAUACGUUUCUCAAAGCCAUUUCGUGCAGCGCGGCGCUUGUCCAGACGUAUCUCAACGACUGUGUCUCCAUGAACCGCCACGACAUUUCGUUUUUCAAUCUACGCGUGGUCUACGGCACCAACGCCAAGGAGAGUCCGCUCUACACGAUCCUCAAUCUGAAUCUCAAGGACGCGGACGAGACGUUUGCGGCUCAAAAACUUUGUUUGGAGCAUGCUGUGUUCCGUCGGCUUCUCGAGAUCAAGUGGGAGCUCUUUGGCCGGCGCAUGUAUGUCGAGCGCCUCCUCAUGCACCUCUUACUACUGGUGACGAUGACGAUCUCGUCCAUUCUCUUUGGUGACGCGCCGCCGUCAUCGACAAGCUACGGCAUCAGCCUCACGACGCUUUGUUUCACGGCGGUUGGCUACGUAGCCGCGCAGGGUCUCCGGCCACGGACGUACUUUGCUCGAUUCGAGUAUUAUCGUUUUUGGCCGUCUCGUCUGCGCCUGCACCUGGCGCUGCUAGUGAUUUUUGGCACGGUUGUGACAGCUGUCCCGUUGCUGCGCGCUGCGGACGCGCUUGCGAUGGGAUCCUGGUAUGCGACGUUCAACCACGUACUCCUGGGGUUGACGGCCUCGUACUUUAUCAUCAACGAGGUCCAAGAGAUGCACGGCGACCGACGUCAGUACUUUUCGGCGACCAUCAACGUCGUGCAACUGGUCAACUACGGUCUCAUCCUCGGCCUCUUCGUGCCCAUGAAACUCAACUGGAUUCCUACGGCCGACAUCGUGCAGGUCGGCGUCGGCGCCAUCCUCAAUUUGGUGCUCUGGGUCCUCUCGUUGCAGUUCUUGGAGGUCGUCUCGUCGGCCAGCUACCUUCUCCCGAUGAUGGCGCGCCUCUUUGGGGACGUUUGGAAUUUUUUCCUCAUUUUUGGCAUUUUCCAAAUUGGCUUGACGCUCAUCUUCUACCAGCUCUUUGUGCUCGAGCCCGACGCCGCGUUCAGCUCUCUCGGUCAGUCGUUCAUGUCGACGUACUUUGUCACGUUUGGCCAAGUCCCUCUCGACGCGCUACAGGCCUACGGUGACGGCAGCGACAGCUACGCAUCCACCAUGUACACGGGGCUCGCGAUCCUCAUGAUGGCGCACUCGGCCAUCGUCGUCGUCAUCCUCCUCAACGUGCUUCUGGCCAUGAUGAACCAGACGGUGACGAGCGGCCUGGAGAAGGCGAGAACACAAGCACUGAUCAGCUACGCGCGGUGCAUUCUCCGCUUGGAGAUCACGAUGAACCUGAGUGAGAAAGACGUCGAGCACUUCACACACGUUGUCGAUAACGACGGCAAGAUGGCGCUCCACCGCAUCUUUACCGAGCGCUCGACGCUUUAG